AUGGAGUCGGUUGAUACCGCCUCACCUGACUCGCCAGUAAGAGAAUCAGAGCCGACGGAUUGGCUGGCAGACUUUCAAUAUUAUGACGAGGACCCGUUUGGUAGUACAUCAUCUGUCUUUCCAAUGCGAGAAGUAAAGCCAGCUAAGCCGCACAAGGAGUCUGAUAUUGAUGACGACGGCGAGUCGGUUGCUACUUCUGCACCUAACUCUCCAGGAGGAGAAACAAAGCCGGCUGAGCAAGAAGAGUCUGAAUAUGAGGACGACGAGUCGGUUGUUACUUCUGCACCCAACUCUCCAAUAGCAGAGUCAAUACCGCCUCAGCAAGAAGAGUAUGACUACGAUGACGACGUGUCAAAUCAUUCUCCUGCACGAAACGCUCCAUUAACAAUAUUAAGGCCAGUUGAAAAUCCAGAAGACAGUGAUUAUUACGAUGACGACACGACUGAUAGUGCUUUACCUGCAUCUCCAAGAAGAGAAGCAAGGUUGGCAGAGCAGCAAGCACAGGCUGAUCAGGAGAAUAAAGAUGCAGAUUCCGCUAACCAACCAUCCACUUCGGGCAGAUCACACCCUACAGCUCCAGCCGAUCCGGAGAGGUUGCGUUUAUACGGUGCAGCAAUCUAUUCUGCUAUAAUCGGAUCACCUGAGAGACUGAGCGAGUACCAGGAGAUACAGUUCGAAGUGACCGAUCGGGAAAGGAGGCAGAGAAUCGAGGAUAUCGUUGAUGAGAACAACCCGUGCCGCUGCCCAACUGAUACAUUUGACUUGUGCUCCCAGGGCAAUCCCUACAUGGAAUCGAUUGUCGAGAAACUCAGGAAAAUGCCAAAAUGUCUGCAAUAUCGUGCGUAUCGAGAUAUAUUGGUAUACUUCAAGUACUUGCGUCGCAAACACCGCAAAAUGCUGCUGCGUAAUGCCCCUAUUAAUAUAGCUGCUUGUUAA